GUGGGCCGUGUGGACUGCUAAUAAUAAUCUGUUGCAGAGUGGGACGUAGCAUUGGGACUCCGGAAGAGAAAUAGGCGAGCUGGCCAGUCAGACUGAGUCAAAGAAUGACAGCUAGCGUUGAGCUUAACUUUUUAGUCUUGAGCUUAGCCAUUCAGCCUCAGGGUCUGUUUGCCCAAUCACGCCGCCGCUAAGACAGUCGUUUUUCCUUUUUGCUUUCUUCGACUUCCCCCUCAAAACUCCUGGAAAGCCACUCCCUCUCCCAUGACUUGUCAUCAUGACAAUGCCUUGCCUUCGAGUUAAAAUAUUCAUCGUCGUGUGCGUUGCCCUGUUCUUGUCACAAAAAUGGUGGUUGCCUCUAGGUCACACUCUUUUCAACCUCGUGGCGCUGUCGAGUCGUUGGCGACAGGCGUCGGUGCAGUCGUUCAUUUCAAAAGAUCGCGAUGAUUUUGACGUGACUUUCGCUUCAUACCCAGUCAAUCAGUCAACUGCAGGUUCCGGAUAUCAGGAUCUCAUUCCACCCAUAUUACACCAUAUUCACUUAGGACCACACGAGCCAAGACCGGAGUGGAUGGGUGCGCGAGAUGAAUGCAUCAGAUAUCACCCCAACUGGAAGGCGUACAUCUGGGAUGACGAUUCCGCCGAGAAACUAGUGAACGAAGAGUUUCCUCAUCUCAGCGACAUGUGGAAAGAUUAUCGCUACCCUGUUGAGCGUGUGGAUGCUCUGCGAUACAUGGUUCUGCAGACAUACGGCGGUGUCGUGCUGGAUUUCGACCUCGCUUGCAAACGCAGUUUAGGACCGUUGCGACGCUUUGAAUUUGUCGCGCCAGCUGCUCAUCCAACCGGGUUCUCGAUCGGCUUCAUGAUGGCCAGUCAAGGCAAUGAAUUUGUACGAGACCUUGUCGACAAUCUUACCAGAUACAACCACGUCUGGUUCUACCUUCCUUAUGUCGCAGUCAUGUUCAGCACUGGCUGUCACUACGCAUCCACCAUCUUCACCCUCCAAGAAAAUCGCAAUCCCCUUCGAAUACUCGGCGGAAUCACCGGCUCCCCUCGGCUACACAUGUUGAAUGGAUUCGUCGAUACCCCGCUGUUCCGCCAUCUCGGAUCGUCAUCCUGGCACAACUUUGACGCUGCUCUUAUCAACUGGAUUGGUCACUUGCGAAGCGGCUCGAUUAUCAUUUCCUUGAUCUUCGUCGCAUCACUACUCUUGACCGUGUAUGUCACACGGUUGUGUUUACGACGGAGACGGUGCUCUGCGGCACGGGAUAAGGCAAUGGGCGAUAGAUUUGAUUCUGAGCGUGGGUUUUCUUGCAUCAAAGAGGCAUAGCGGAUUAUUGUCGUUUUCUGCGAUUUUUUUUUUUCCCCUUUUUCCCUUCGUUGCUCUUAUAUUCGUGUAUUAAUUCGCAUCUUCUUGCAUCAGCGAUUGUUUUACUACUUAGUCAAGAACAGUGUUUUCUUUCUUCCGUGAGAUAGCAAUAGUUGAAUUACUUUACAAUCUCUUCAGAUCAUUAAACCACAUAUACCGGCUCACUAUCAAAUAAAGCACCCGGUCCCAGGAAUAUUGCGAUGCGUGCUGCUGAAACGCCGUCCGGCCUUGCCUAUACUGUCUCCAAUCCGUCACCAGAAGAGCUUUGUCACCGUAUUUAUCGCCGCCUUCUGGUGGUGGCACCGGCUUUUCCGUGAUCGACACGGCCGUCUCGUACCCCUUUGGCACGGGAGAGACCAACGCCUCCAAAAUUCGCCAUGUAAAGGGCAAAGAUGUCGGAAUCAAAUCGAACAGCGAUGAAUACUUCCUCAGUAAAAAUUUCGACCGGUUCGCAUAGACCGGUGGCAUAUGAUCAUGCUCAUCGCAGAAUUUCUUCACUCCUCUGCUGACCGAUCUAUGGUUGACGUGUCCCGAGACACCGUAAUGGUCAAAAGUGAUGAUGAGGUCAAUAUUCCAUUUUUUGAUAUAAUCUGCCAGUAUCUUUUCGAUGAUGGAAUCAUCCCACCACUGUCGGGGGUUGUCUUGUAAAUCCUUAUUAUCAAGGACAACGCAAUUGUCGUCUUUGAUUCCUAGCGCAGCGCAAGAGGCUUUUGUC